AUCGAUCAUGAACUUGACGGCUAGGCUCGAUCCUCCACACACUAAAAGUUCGAGGUUGUGUGUUACAGAGCAAACAAAAUACAUACAAGUUUAGGAUUUACCAUAUACCAUUCGACAUAAGAAGAAUCGUCAAGAAUCUUACGAAGAAAGAUAAGUGGUGCAAGCUAUAAAGUAAAAAGACUAAAAAAUUCAGUCAUAAGGACGAACAAAGUUUCUUUUUUGAACAGUACGCUAGGCCACUAAACACCACUAGUAGUACUAAACUCUACUCAACUCUGGUAUUCAGGGCAUACUCGGCCGGGUGUAGUAGAUAAACACGAGACGUACGGAUCCGCCAUCCAGGCCUAGCAUAAUUCAUGUUUAUUCAAUAUAGCUGGGCUUAAGAGCCUAAACUUAAAUAAUUAAAAGAUGGCAAAAGACAGUAGUAGUGAUGAAAAUAAGGCUCUAAAUGAUGAAAUGCGAUUCGAUGUUGGACAAACAUUCGACCAAACAUCAGUUUUCAUAGAAUGUGAACCUGUCGAUUAUCUCGGUGGUCCAGCCAAUCUUGAUGAGGACCGUGAUCGUAGUUCGACGCCUCACCAUGGCCUUUCAGCAGAAGAAGGUCUAGGCCUAGGUUCUUUUGACCAAAGUAGUACAUCUAAAGCAGUCACUGUCAGCGGUGAAAGCAGUGGCUUUAUACAUCACACAAUAUCAGAUGAUCAGAUCCAAAUGCAGAUUAGGUCAUUUGAACCAAUUUCAGAGAACAUCGAUGGUGCAACAUUAACUGUUGAAAAUGAUAACCCACAUACAAAAAUGCGAGAAUUUAAACGUUAUGAGUGUCAAUACCAAAACUGUCAACGUUCAUACAGUACGGCAGGCAAUCUCAAAACUCACCAUAAAACACACACUGGCGAAUACAGCUUUAUUUGUAAAGAGAAAGGCUGUGGUAAAGCUUUUCUAACCUCGUACAGCCUGAAAAUUCAUAUACGUGUUCAUACAAAGGAGAAACCGUACUCUUGUGAAGAACAGAACUGUACCAAAAGCUUUAAUACACUUUAUCGUUUGAAGGCCCACAAGCGCCUUCAUCAAGGUAACACAUUUAACUGUGAUUCUGAAGGGUGUACAAAGUUCUUUACCACAUUGAGUGAUCUUAGGAAACACAUCAGAAUUCAUACAGGAGAAAGACCUUACAAAUGUGAUUUUGAAAGUUGUGGAAAAGCAUUUAAUGCAAGUCAUCACCUCAAGACACAUGUGCGUACACAUACAGGAGAAAAACCAUUUGCUUGUGCAGAGGAUGGAUGUCAAAAAACAUUUACAACGCAUUACAGUUUGAAAAAUCACAAGAAAGGACACAACAAAGGCAAAGAUGAUCAAGAAGAUGUAAGUUGUCUGUAUAAUACUUACACAUAUGUUACUUACUGUCCGUGUAAAAUUAGAUAGUGCGUCCAAUAAUGC